UACACGUUUUUACCACCCCCUAAUAUAUCUUCUUUUAUUUUGCAUUAGUUGCAUAAGCUUCCUACUUGUACCUUUAUCAAAGGUUACACUAGGAAAAGUCAGGAGAAAAAAAAAGUGAUCUAAAACCAGUGCAUCCUAGUCAACUACCUGACUAUAAAUAUGGCCAAUUCCUGAGGAUUCAAUUCAACCCUGUGAACACUUAACUACCUCAACUGUAGCCUAGAGGAUUCAAACACUCAUGUCGCUUUCCAGUGCCAAAAACUUCUUCCAGAGGUUCUGGCUAGAUGAAUUCCAAAUGGGAAAUAUUCCCCAUGGAAACUUUUUGUCCAAUGAUGAUCUCCUGCCAUCUCUUGGGGCUAGAAUAAACCAGGAAACUAGACUCAGAAGAUAUAUAAUCUCCCCUUUCAAUCCUCGCUAUAGGGCUUGGGAGUUGUUACUGGUUGUUCUAGUCAUAUACUCAGCUUGGAUUUGCCCAUUUGAGUUUGCUUUUCUGCCAUACAAGGAAGAUGCUCUAUUCAUCAUAGACAACAUUGUCAAUGGCUUCUUUGCCAUUGACAUAGUGUUGACAUUCUUUGUCGCUUACCUUGAUCACCAUUCGUAUCUUCUUGUUGAUGAUCCAAAGAGAAUUGCUAUCAGCUUCCUCUUCUAUAAUCGUGGUAGUGAGCUUGGCUUCAAAGUUUUUAACAUGUUUCGGUUAUGGCGUUUGAGACGCGUCAGUGCUCUGUUUGCAAGACUUGAAAAGGACAUUCGCUUCAAUUAUUUCUGGAUUAGGUGUACAAAGCUCAUUGCUGUGACCUUGUUUGCAGUGCACUGUGCAGGAUGCUUUAACUAUCUCAUUGCAGAUAGGUACCCAGAUCCCAAAAGAACCUGGAUUGGUGCAGUGUAUCCAAAUUUCAAAGAAGAAAGUCUAUGGGACAGAUAUGUCACUGCAAUAUACUGGUCCAUUGUGACUCUUACUACCACUGGCUAUGGGGACUUACACGCUGAGAACACGAGAGAGAUGCUGUUUGAUAUAGCUUACAUGCUGUUCAACUUGGGUUUAACAUCAUACAUCAUUGGAAACAUGACUAACCUUGUAGUGCACUGGACCAGCCGUACCAGAAAUUUUAGAGACACAGUCAAAGCAGCUUCUGAAUUUGCUUCAAGAAAUCACUUGCCCCAUCGCAUACAGGAUCAAAUGUUGUCACAUAUAUGUUUGAGGUUUAAAACAGAAGGACUAAAGCAGCAAGAAACAUUAAAUGAUCUUCCAAAGGCAAUUCGUUCAAGCAUAGCACACCAUCUGUUUUUUCCUUUCGUGCAAAAGGUCUACCUCUUCCAAGGAGUCUCUCAUGAUUUCCUUUUCCAGAUGGUUUCAGAUAUGGAAGCCGAGUAUUUCCCACCCAAGGAAGAUGUGAUACUGCAGAAUGAGUCUUCAACAGAACUUUAUGUGUUGGUUUCAGGGGCAGUGGAUCUGGUUCGCCGCAUCGAUGGGCAUGAUCAUGUUCAGGGGAAGGCAGUUGCAGUAGAUGCAUUUGGAGAGAUUGGAGUUUUAUAUCAAAUACCACAGCAUUUCACAGUUCGGACCACAGAACUUUCUCAGAUUUUAAGACUCAACAAAACAUCCUUAAUGAAUGUUUUACAAGCAAAUCCAGGAGACGCACAAAUUAUAAUGGAUAACCUUUUAAUGAGAUUAAAGGGGCGUGAAGAUUUCGGCUUUGAAUAUCCAAGUACAGAUUCUGGAUUGGUUCCACGUGAACUGCUUCAAGGAGGUAACACGAGAGGAAGCUCUUCUCACGAGUGUACAAAUAAUUCACAUGAGCAUUCAUUAAUGCAUGAAGGAGAGCACAAAGAUAUUAGAAACUCGGAGACCAGUUUGCGUAAGGUGACUAAUGAUGAUCACUUAGUCACUAAACAUAACUUGAUCCCUAAGCAUGAUAGAAUAGAUCCUCAUGCGGCUGCACACAAAGGGAAUCUAGACAUUGUUGAAAUUCUGCUUGAAAGAGACGCAAAUCCUAAUCCAAAUUCCACAGGGUGGACGCAAAGAGCUCCAAUAAAACAGCCUAAAAACAAGAGCAUUUGUGACCAAAAAAUGAGUUGUGAAAACAAGAAGUCAGAUGAAUUUAGAAUAGAGAUUGCGGAGCCAGAAAUCCUUGACCUUGAUAAGAAUGGCUCAACCAGAAACAGAAGACAAGAUGAUACUAGGUCUACUAAGUUCCCAUUGGAGAAAAUGAACACAAACACCAAUUCAAGAAUUUCUAAUUGUCCAAGUGAUAGAGAAUCGGCAAGGAACACCAAGAAGAGGGUAACAAUCCACUUGCUACAUGGAUGCAAGAGUACCACACCAGGACACCACAGAAAAUUAAUAAUUCUUCCUGAUUCAUUAGAAGAGCUGCUCAAAAUUGCUGGUGAAAAAUUUGGCGGCUUCAACCUCACAAAAGUAAUUAAUACAGAGAAUGCAGAGAUAGAUGACAUAAAUGUCAUCCGAGAUGGAGAUCAUCUCUUUCUUCUGUGCAGCGAUAAUGAAAUUUUGAGUUCAUGAUGUAACGAAGAUAGAUGGCAUAUUUAGGAACAUGAUGAUAACCAUGUAAUCAAAUCAUAAAAAUGCUAAU